CGAGCCGGGCCCCGCCGCCCCGCGGCUGUACGUGCCCGCCUGCGCCGAGCGCUGGAGGAUGAGUUUCUCGGGAUCCCGAUUUAUGAAAAUAUGCAUCUCUUUGAUACUGUCUUGGAAUUCAUGAGAUGGAAGCAUAGAUCAAAGCUGUUUGGAGAAAUUGGAACUACAGUUUUAUCUAGCCACAUCUCUGAGAAGUCUGAAGAAAGCUGCAGGUGAAAGUCAUUCUCAAGUGAUUUUGUUCUCCUAUAAGGAAACCUCAUUCAGUAAGGCCAUUUACAUUAGUGAAAUAGCAGGACCAGUUACUGAAAGUGGCCGUGUACAGGACACGUGUGAAUUGGACAAUGACUCAACUAUACACUUACAUCAGAUUAUUGGGAGCCUGUCUGUUCAUCAUUUCUCAUGUCCAAGGGCAGAAUCUAGAUAGUAUGCUCCAUGGCACUGGUAUGAAAUCAGACUUGGACCAGAAGAAGCCAGAAAAUGGAGUUACUUUAGCACCAGAGGAUACCUUGCCUUUCUUAAAGUGCUAUUGCUCAGGACACUGCCCAGAUGAUGCUAUUAAUAACACAUGCAUAACUAAUGGCCAUUGCUUUGCCAUUAUAGAAGAAGAUGAUCAGGGAGAAACCACAUUAACGUCUGGGUGUAUGAAGUAUGAAGGCUCUGAUUUUCAAUGCAAGGAUUCACCAAAAGCCCAGCUACGCAGGACAAUAGAAUGUUGUCGGACCAAUUUGUGCAACCAAUAUUUGCAGCCUACACUGCCCCCUGUUGUUAUAGGUCCAUUCUUCGAUGGCAGCAUCCGAUGGCUGGUUGUGCUCAUUUCCAUGGCUGUCUGUAUAGUUGCUAUGAUCAUCUUCUCCAGCUGCUUUUGUUAUAAACAUUACUGUAAAAGUAUCUCAAGCAGAGGUCGUUACAACCGUGAUUUGGAACAAGAUGAAGCAUUUAUUCCAGUAGGAGAAUCCUUGAAAGACCUGAUUGACCAGUCACAAAGCUCUGGUAGUGGAUCUGGAUUACCUUUAUUGGUUCAACGAACUAUUGCCAAACAGAUUCAGAUGGUUCGGCAGGUUGGUAAAGGCCGUUACGGAGAAGUAUGGAUGGGUAAAUGGCGUGGUGAAAAAGUGGCUGUCAAAGUGUUUUUUACCACUGAAGAAGCUAGCUGGUUUAGGGAAACAGAAAUCUACCAGACGGUGUUAAUGCGUCAUGAAAAUAUACUUGGUUUUAUAGCUGCAGACAUUAAAGGCACUGGUUCCUGGACUCAGCUGUAUUUGAUUACUGAUUACCAUGAAAAUGGAUCUCUCUAUGACUUCCUGAAAUGUGCCACACUAGACACCAGAGCCCUACUCAAGUUAGCUUAUUCUGCUGCCUGUGGUCUGUGCCACCUCCACACAGAAAUUUAUGGUACCCAAGGAAAGCCUGCAAUUGCUCAUCGAGACCUGAAGAGCAAAAACAUUCUUAUUAAGAAAAAUGGAAGUUGCUGUAUUGCUGACCUGGGCCUAGCUGUUAAAUUUAACAGUGAUACAAAUGAAGUUGACAUACCCUUGAACACCAGGGUGGGCACCAAGCGGUACAUGGCUCCAGAAGUGCUGGAUGAAAGCCUGAAUAAAAACCAUUUUCAGCCUUACAUCAUGGCUGACAUCUAUAGCUUUGGUUUGAUCAUUUGGGAAAUGGCUCGUCGUUGUAUUACAGGAGGAAUCGUGGAGGAAUAUCAAUUACCAUAUUACAACAUGGUGCCCAGUGACCCAUCCUACGAAGACAUGCGUGAGGUUGUGUGUGUAAAACGCUUGCGGCCAAUCGUGUCUAACCGCUGGAACAGCGAUGAAUGUCUUCGAGCAGUUUUGAAGCUGAUGUCAGAAUGCUGGGCUCAUAAUCCAGCCUCCAGACUCACAGCUUUGAGAAUCAAGAAGACUCUUGCAAAAAUGGUUGAAUCCCAGGAUGUAAAGAUUUGACAGUUAAACAAUUUUGAGGGAGAAUUUAGACUGCAAGAACUUCACCCAAGGAGUGGGUGGAAUUAGCAUGGAAUAGGAUGUUGGCUUGGUUUCCAAACUCCUUCUUCUACAUCUUCACAGGCUGCUAACAGUAAACCUUUCAGUACUCUACAGAAUACAAGAUUGGAACUUCAAACAUGUCAUUCUUUAUAUAUGGACAGCUUUGUUUUAAAUGUGGUUUUUUGAUGCUUUUUUGGUUUUUAUGAACUGCAUCAAGACUCCAAUCCUGAUAAGAAGUCUCUGGUCAAACUCUGGGUACUCACUAUCCUGUCCAUAAAGUAGUGCUUUCUGUGAAAGCCUUAAGAAAAUUAAUGAGCUCAGCGGAGAUGUUGAAAGGCAUAUUUGCCUUCUACCAGAGAAAGCAUCUGUCUGUGUUCUGUCUUUGUAAACAGCCUAUAGCUUAUGAUCUCUUUGGGAUACUUCCUGGUUUAUGAUGGUGCACCAUGCCUUUGAUAUGCAUACCAGAAUUCCUCUGCUGCCAAGAGGCUUAGAAGACAAGAAUGUAAAGGUUGCACAGGAGGGUAUUUGUGGCCAGUGGUUUAAAUAUGCAAUAUCUAAUUGACAUUCGCCAAUCUCAUAAAAGCCAUCUGCCUUGUAACUGUAGUAACUUCUCCACCAACUUUAUUUUUAGCAUAAUAGUUGUAAAGGCCAAACUACGUGUAAAUUGUCCAUAGACAUAGUCUGUUUUCCCCAUUUCACCAUUUUGUUCUCCUUUUGGUAAUUAUUUUUAUUAUAAAACACUUCCUAUCCAGAAUUGGAGCCCACCGUCUUGAACCAUACUUGGAAAGAAAUGCCUUUUCCUGGAGUCUGCCUUACUACUUCUGAUCGAGAUGUAUAUACCCGUGAUCAAAUUCUGAAGUCUUUGUUUUCAGUACCUCUUAAAAAGGGAAGUUGUUUAUUGUUUGUAAUGUGCUUUUAUUUUCAAAACCUGCAUAGCCUUCAGUCUAGCCAUGUUUUCCCUACAUACUCAAUUUUAUACCAAAACAGCUCACACGGGUCUCACAUCUGAUCCUUAAUGGGAAAUGUUUUAAAGUAGAACUGUGUAUGAAUUUGAGAAUUCAUGCAUUUAAAAACUUCAAACUAAAGCUUCACUAAGAUAUAUCUCAUAUCUCUUUUAUGAGGAUGGCUGCUGAUUUUUCAAUAACUGUAAAUGUAUUUUAGAUAGCUAAAUCUUUUGAAAUUUGGUUUUACAAUUUCUGGUCCCUAACUUGUGAAGACAGAGACAGAAGUACCCAGGCACUACCCAUAUUUACACUGAACAUUAUUAAAUAAAAUGAUAUGUAUUUUA